CUCUAUUCGAGUUUGACCCGUUGCCACCCACCAUAAUCAGCUAGCUAGCGUUUGGUCCUUCAAUUCGCUCCAAUGGCGACCCCACCCUGCAGUAACCUCGGGGGGGCGGGAAUAUUAGUCCAUAUCUGAGAGAUCAGGUGAAAGAGAGCUUGAUCAGAUUGCAUCUCUUUUAGAGCUCAUCACCCAUCAAUUAAAGCUCAAUAAAUAGUCUCUCUUCUUUAACUCAAUCGAUCUCUCCUUUUCUUCUUCUCCAUCGAUCGCCAGAUCAUCAUCGAUCACACAGAGAAAUUCAGACCCUCCUCUCCCUCUAUUUCUUAAUUAAUUGGUGCAGUUACUGAAUAUUUCUUCAUCUCUUGUUUGGAAAAGCUUUUUUCUUGCUUUUCUUUUCCAGAGAUAAGUGACAAAGAGAGAGAAAUACAGGAAGACUAAGCUGUCGGAGAUUCCAAUAUAUGUGAAUUAUUAAUUGCAGAGAUCAGAGCUCUAAAUUAAGGCUGUUUUCGAAGAUAUUGUGAUCUCAUCGUAAAUUUGUUGCUAGCUAGCUCUCAGAUUCUCCACUUUUUCCUCUCUUUCAAAAGUUUCCAACAAUCACCAUCGCUUUGCAGCUCACUUUCUGCCAAAAAAAAGAAAAGAAAAGAAAAGAGUGAUUAAUGGAUUCUGGCAACAGCUCGGCCGGCAGCAUGCAGUCCUCCAGCGGCGGCGACGAUGAGUUCGAUUCUCGGCCGGGGACCGUCUCGUCGUCUUUCUUCAACCCUUCUUCCUCCUUCGGCGGCGGCUCAGUCUCAAUCCGCGGCCAGCGACCGCCUCCCACGGCGCCGUUUGACAGUCUUGGAGCCUUUUCACAUUCACCCAAUGAAGACCCAAAUUUGGUUUGGUCCAGGGGGCUAAGAUCCGAUCCCAAUUACAUCAACCUCGGCGAUCUCACCGCCUUGUCGUCUUCUUCGUCGUCACUGUUAGGGUUUCAAGGUCUAAGCUCAUCAUCCAUGUCCAAGACAACACCAUCAGGCGACGGAAAAGGCGGAAAAGGGACACCGGCGCCGGGGUCCGAUCAGACCAACGUGCACAAGAACCCCCGGAAGCGGACCAGAGCAUCCCGGCGGGCGCCCACCACCGUCCUAACCACCGACACUUCGAAUUUCCGGCAAAUGGUGCAGGAGUUCACCGGCAUCCCGGCACCGCCGUUCUCCGCCUCGCCGUAUUCCCGCCGGCUGGAUCUUCUCGGCAGCCCCCUUUAUUCUUUCCGAUCAUCUCCAGCCCAGAAGGUCCAACUUCAACCACCAGUACCCUUUCUAUCCUCUUCUCCAUUGCUUAGCUCUACAAUGGUUGAUGCCAACACCACUAUCGCCAUUCCAAAUUCCGAUCCUUCCAGUACCACUUUCGCUUCAAGCAGCUACAAGCUAAUUCCACCUGAUCUAGGCCUCAUGCAAAACCCAGUUCUCAGCUUCCAGCCUCUUUUUCAAUCCGAACCAGGUUUAGGAUCAAAAUCCCAAGGAAAUUCAGCAAUUCUUCCAGCUCUUGAUGAACUGGGUCUGAAUAAUCAUGGACAUAUGAAUCCAAACCUCGGUGUGUUUCAAAGCCAUGGCGGCUUCAAGCUCAACAGCUCGGCCUCUGGAUCAUCAUCAGUUCAUUUCCACCCAGAAAAGGGUUCGGAAAAUGUUUUCUCUCGGAAUGAAGGUGCUGUUGAUUCCUGGAUUUGUCCUUCUGAAUGAGGAUAUCUUACAUGCAACAGUAAGUAAUUAAACUGUUUCCAUAUAGCAUUUACAUAUUUAUUAUAUAUAUUGAGGAAACUACAGAGAGUACACGGAAGAGAUUUGCAGUGGUGGUGGUGGUGGUGACUGAUCUCAGCCUCUGGUUUUUGAUUAAUUAUGUGAAGCUGAGUCCAUGGCUUGAGAUUCAGCAUCAUCGAUCAUCAUCGUCACCAUCACAUCGCCCAUGGCAAGUUAAAUGUAAAUCUAUAGCUUAAUUAAUUACAUAUACUUUCUUCUUUUGUAAUCUUGAUAUGAAACAUAUCCUUGCAGAGAAGGAUUAUAUGGAGAAUUUAGUCUGUAAUCUCGAUGAAACACCAAAUGGAAUUUUUGCAUUUCAGAAAGAGAUUCUCAUGCUUCAUGCUUGUGUAAAAGUCCGAAACAUGUGGAUCAACAUUUUGACGCUUUGAAGAGAAACCUUAACUACAAACCUGUCAUGCUGUCCCGUACCCAAAUAAUUUGCUGCUUAAAUCAAUCAACUUUUUAUGUUUUCUAGAAUGAAAAAAAAUUAAGAACACAUUUACCGCCUUAAUUAGAACUACUUUGAUAUGUUCCUAGCUUCUUUCUUCUUCUUUUUUUUUUUUCAUUUCUCC